GGCCAAUGUCUGUGACCCUCCCUUUCCCCAUCCCCAUCCUCAACCCCCCACCCCUGGCAGUCUCCAACAUCAUCCCUCCAUCACCUGCCGUUUCGGUGCCAUCUUUUCGACAUCGUUAACUUGCGAUGGAACCGAGAAUCAACGUCCUUAUUGUCUAGUUUCCUUCCAUUCACUAAUCUUGAUCCAUAUCUACUUGCUUGCACCGUCUUCUCCUUUUUGUAUCCACAAGAUCUACCAAGAUCUACCUUGCGUCAUCAUCUGGCCCCCCGGUCAGGAACGAAGCCAAAGCUGCGGCAUCGGGGGAUUCUCCAACCCCACCCCGCCCAUCCAUCACAACAGCUCAGCUCGGCUCGGGUCUCAGGAACCGAGUCAAGAUCGGCAGCGACGCAAGCUUGAGCUUUUUGCUCAACAGUUGAAAUCAAUCAUAUAGGUCCUUUGCCCGCCUAGGCGACGGCUCGCCCACCAUGGUCGUCUUUGUUGAUCUAGACGACGAGGACAUGGAGCCCCUUCACGUUCUCGAGGCACGCCGCCUAGCAACAGCUGCUGCUGUCGCGACUGAUGCAUUGGAAUCAAGCAGCCGCGAGCUCGAGCACAUGCUUGAGAAGCCGGCGAUUGCCACAGUUUCGUUGGUGACACCAGCUCCUGUAUCAGAGCCAACACCGACAUUUCAGAGUGCUGCUACUGAGUCUUUUGGCUGCUAUCCCAUCGUCAUGUCAAUAGCUGAACAUAUCGAUCUCAACACCCUUGACAGUCUCGCCCGCACCUCGCGCCAGGUCCGCCAGGGUCUGCUGCAAUACCGCUCUAUUCUCAUUUCUUCGACGCUACACUGCUCUAACGAGGCCGCCCCCGUCGACCCAGAGUCUACGUUCCGCUUUCGUGCGAGGGCCGGCAACUGGUAUUACAUGGAAGAUGGCCGGAACUACAACGGCAAGAGCGGCAGCUGUGCCCGAGACCUGGUGACGGAGUGUCGGAGGUGCAGGACCGUCGUGUGCAGGAACUGCGCUAUCAAGCCGCCAGCACACAACGCUCUUCGUGAGCGACAUCGUAGACUGUGCAAGGCCUGCACAAAGGCCCCCAUCGCAUCUCUCGUCAGUCACGCGUUGGAGCCAGAAACACCUCUGCUCGACGACGCCGUGCGACGAGAGAUUUGCCGAUGCGACGUCGAUGGCGUCUGGCUGUGCCAGCCCUGUGGGCGAAGCAUGCGCGGGGCCGAUCACGACUACCAGCGUAUUUGGAAAUGGCGUGCUCAUUAUGGAGAAGUCCUCGGCGGCCUGGGAACAGGCAUCGGCGAGGGCGACCGCGGCGUCAUCUGCGGCCGCGAGACUGCUUGCGCUGGCGCCAAGGAACGCGAGAAUGAGACCGACUGUGAUGCCGAGGAUGCCGCCGUCACUGGCGCCAACCUAUGGACGGCCACGGACCAGGUACACCUCGACACCGUGCGAUAUGAGCGCACGCCGAGUCCCCAGCUCGGCCCCGGGUACGAGAGGCACGAGAUUGAGGGGAUCGGAGGCGUCGUGAAGACCAAGUUAGUCCGCAUGGUGAGAGUUGGUGCCUGCGUGCCCGAGUGGGAUGACGAGAAGAGUCAUCACAAUAUCCUCGGAAGAGAAGUGAAGGGCAUUAGGAGGAGUUGGUGCGGCUGGUGCUACAGAGUCAUUCCCGGUGAACCUGAUUUGGACAAGGCGGGCGUAAAGAUGCGUCAGCUUUGAGGACUGGCGUAUUUGGGAUAUUUCCUUCUUUAAUGAUUUGAUGACACUUUUUGAUACGCGAUAGUAUGGGAACUAUCGGGGAAUCUGCCUCGAGGCAGGAAUGGAUUUGACCUUGUAACUGAGUUGGCGAGCUUGGCCUAAGACGGGUGAAGAGCUAGCCGGGCAAAGAGGGAUAGAAAAAGUUCAAUAGUGCCAUUGUCGUACCUUCCGCCUGAAUACACAGGGAAAUACACACAAGAACCAAGCCCUCAUAUGCCCCUCCAAGUCCAUCACUGUCACCAGCAGGCGCCCGUCUAGGUCGACGGGUCAGGACAAACUGGCCAGGUGGAAUGGUU